AUGGCUGCCGCCGGUCUCGUCGCAGUCGAGACGCUGCCUCGAUUCUUGCUCCCGCGCAUCAGCUGGACUGCGCCGCUCUCAGCAUCCCGAACCGCUGCAGCCCAAUCGUUCGCUGCGUUUCAACCGAACCAGCGAAAGUCAAUUUACAGCUCAGUGCCUGCUUUCAACACAGGCUUCCUGACGAGGCGGUGCAAUGGUAGCCAAGCGCCAGCCUUGCGAAGAGGAUUCCAUGCGACUUCUCGGCAAUACCGCGAGCAUCACUUUGAUACGCUCAAGUUUGUCCAGCGGCUGAAGGAUGAGGGCUUUACGGAUGAGCAGUCCGUUGCCAUGAUGAAGGUCCUCAACGAUGUCAUCCAAGAGAGCAUCCAAAACCUCACACGAACCAUGGUGCUCCGCGAAGACGCCGCCAGAACCACCUACACCCAAAAGGUAGACUUUGCCAAACUGCGCUCCGAACUCUCAUCCGCGGACAGCACCGAGUCCAACGCAACGCGCAACGCGCACGAGCGCCUCACCAACGACAUUGCAAAGCUCAGCAGCCGGCUGCGCGACGAGAUUGGCCGGACGCAGGCGAGCGUGCGGCUUGACCUCAACCUGGAAAAGGGGCGCAUUCGAGAAGAGGCUGUCGGGCAGGAGCUCAAGAUUAAGGAGACGGAGACCAAGAUUGAGCAGGAGGUGGCGGCUUUGAGGGAGAAGCUGGAGCAGGUCAAGUUCCAGACGCUGCAGUGGUUGAUGGGUGUGUGCACCGGUUUCGCGGCACUGCUGCUUGGUGCUUGGAGAUUGCUCAUGUAA